AUGGAGGUUCCCGAGAACAUGUUCGCAGAGGCGAUCCUUGACAAUGUGGUAGACUUGGGGGAGCUGGUUCUGCAGUUCUAUGGGGGGUACAUGGAAAAGCAGCCAGUCUCUCCCGACACAAACCCUCAGAAGCUGGGAAGGCGGCUCCGGAAACGAAUGAAAAAGGAUUACGGCAUUGACAGCACAUUUGAAUUGGAGGACAAUUUGCCACCCCGAGAUCCGAAAGACAAGACUUCAAAGCAGGACUAUGUGGGUGCCUUCAAUAGAUUGCUACCAACUUAG